AUGUCAUUACAUUUUCUUUUUUCCUUUUUCUUUUCUUUCUCUCUCUCUUCCUUUCUCUCUCUCUUUCUCUCUUCCUUUCUCUUUCUCUCUCUCUCUCCUUUCCUUUCUUUCUCUCUCGCUUUUCUUUCUUUCUUUCUCUCUCCCUCCUUUCCUUUCUUUCUAUCUUAUUUCCUCUCUCUCCUUUCUUUCUCUCCCCUUACCUUUUUCUCUCACCUUUCCUUUCUUUCUUUCUUUCUUUCUUUCUUUCUUUCUUUCUUUCUUCUUUCUUUUAUUUUCUUUCUCUCUCCUUUCUUUUUGUGUCUCUCUCUCCUUUUCUUUCUCUUACCUUUCCUUCUUUCUUUCUUUUCAAUCUUUUUUCUCUCUCCUUCUCUUUCAUCGCUGCACAUCCUGGUUCGCGGUGGCACUUUUGUCAUUAAAUUCUUUACUAUGUUUGAACCUAACAGCAUCAGUUUGAUUUAUCUUCUGGUGAAAUUCUUUGAAAAGGUGAAUGUCUUUAAACCAGCAACAAGCAAGCAAGGCAACUCAGAAGUGUAUAUCGUCUGUUUAAACUACCGUGGAUUGGAUGUUUGCCCAAAUCCAGACAUGCUGAACAGUCUUCAAAAAUUAAUAUUUAGUGAUGCAUGUAUUCCUGAUUGUUUAUGGGAUAUGUCAUCCAUUCCUGCUAGUUUUUUUGAAUUACACCUUCACUGUUGUCGGCUGUUCACUGGAUGGCAAGAGGCUGUGAUUAAGAACAAUUUACGUUUAUAUCCUUGUACUGUUGGUAGGAAGAAGAAAUUGGACCUUCUCCGCCAUUACUGCUGCAAUGAAUAUCUAUCUCGUUAUCCGUGCCAGAAGAUCCCAGUCAGCAACCGCUUGGCGAAUCCACAAAAUUUAUUUAUUCAAAGUGAUGACUUCUUGGCACUUAACUUUCAAACUAAACAUGAAGGAACUUUUACUGAACGCAUGGACUACUUUUCUCUGGCUUGGAAAGACAAAUUGAAACAUUUUGACUUGGAUGAGUACAAACCUUUGGAAACGUCCAUACCUCCAACUUUGAUAAAAACACAAUCUCCACCUCCACGAAGCAACUCCCAACUAAAAAUGCUUUUCGAAAAACCGUUUUCUAUUAUACAAAGUUCUCGGCUUUGUUGCAUAAAACUGUUGGAUGUUUUGAACAUCGUCCUUGAAAACACUAAUUGUACUGCUUACCUUGAACAACAGCAACAGAAUCUUUGGGUUUGCUUAUCUAAUACAAUCAGAUCAUUGUUUGAAUUGAACAAAACUGCAGCUCCACUACAUUCCUUAGUCUGUUGUCUGCCUGAUGACUGGAACUUCUUGAAGGAACUACACAUUAAAGAAUUAAACAUUUCCCAAGUGGAUUCACCUGAAACUCUUCCAUCUCAGCCUUUCACUCUAUUUGUUAAUGCAACAUCUUCCUUGGAUUGUCUGGGGAAAGGUGAGAUCAAAGACAAAAGACGAUUGCUUUCCAAAAUCACAUUUGCCCUUCAGAACUUGAAGCCCAAGGAUGAUCUGAUAAUUCUGUUUCACCCGCUGAUGACACGAUUUACAGCUGGGUUAAUACUGUUGGCCAACGACUGUUUCAAGAAGUUACAGUUCUUUGCCAGUCCUGGUGGAUUGUCACUUAGGCAGUUAUUGGUCUUCUCAGGAUUUUUAUCUUGUCCAGCAAACAUUGCUAAACAUUUGCAAACCAUCAAUGAUUGGUAUGAGGCACCAAAGCAAUCGCCACUGCAACUUGAUAUUCUAGAAGUUGUCUCCUCAGAAAAUCUGAAUGACGAUAUUACUUUUUUCAACACUGUAAUGGAAAGGAACGGAAAUUUAAUGAAAUCCUUUCUGUAUUCUGUUCUUUCUCUCGAAAAAAAACGGCUAACACAAAUCUUUAUUGUGAAGCAAGUCUUCAUUUACAAUAAGGUCAUUGUGAAAACAGGAAAUUAUUUGAUACUGAAAAGUUCUAUCUUCUGA